AUGCACAUUACUCAUGCCACAAAAGGUUUACUUUUAUUAUUUCUGUUUAUUGCACUUUUAAAUGAAUCUACGGCAGCUCCAAUUAGUCCGAUACCUUCUAUACGAAAAAGACAAAACGACUACCAGGGUUUUCGUGGACCGCGUGGAGGUUAUUGUAAAAGAGCAUUAUGUCUCGGAAACGCUGCAGCAAAUGUAGUAGAUACGGCUGGAAACACACUAGGCCUAAACAAGAAUGUCGAAGUAUAA